AUGAUAGCUGAGAUCACGCAGUUACGUGCUGCUUCGGAGCGUCAGUCAGUCGAGAUGUCUACGUUUCGCCGUGCUCUUGCUGUCUGUCAGCGUCAGUUGCGCUGGAUUCGAGAUCAUUUGGAGGAGAGCACGAGUGCUGAGAGUGGUUCUGAUUCUUCCAGUGCUGGAGAUGAUGCUUCUUAUACAGCAAAAGCAAAUCGAAAACUAGCAGAAGAAGUUGAAAAUUCAGUUAACUCAGUUAAUUAUAUUGAUAAAGGGGUUGCAUAUCUUUCAGGUAUAGCAAGAUGUGGGAAGAGUUGCAGACAGCGGUGGGUGAAUUAUCUCAAGCCUGGAGUGAAACCGGGGAACUACAGCAAAGAGGAAGAGGAUUGUAUCAUGGAACUACAUGCCAAACUUGGAAACAAGUAG